AGGCAUACGCCAUGCGCUCUGUUGCCUUCGCUGCUCUCAUCGGCUCUGCCGCCGCCUUCUCCCCCUCCAUGUCCCUCGACGUCUCCCGCCGUCAGGUCGUCCAGACUGGAGCUGCCGCCGCCGCUGUCGCUCCUUUCCUCCAGCAGGUUCCUGCUCAGGCUGCCAUGGACAAGUCCGGACGCGCCCCCGUCAUCACCAUCUUCGACCACAGGGGAUGCACCGCUCACGCCAACAAGGAGUACACUGGCGCCAAGGCCAACUCCCAGGACGACGAGAUGUGCGUUAAGGUUGCCUCCGCCAAGAUCGCCGUGUCUGAGGGAGACGCCGCAAGGAAGCUCCAGGAGUUCAUCUCCUACCAGGCCAAGGGCAUCGAUGGACCUUACACUGGCAAGGGCAAGAAGUAAACAGCAAGAAGAUGCUAGAGAUGCGCAUGGGCGCGCGUGUUUGAGUAGUUUUGUAUGCUUUUUGUGUUGAUUGAAGGCUAUUCUUUGAACAUGAUUC